UGAAGCGAGCGGUCGCUAUAUCACCACUGCCUUUUCUUUUUUUCUUUCUCCAUCUCUCGGUCUCUCCUCAACGGAGCUCGGUCUUUCCUCCUGUCAUCCUGAAGCGAUGGUGUAGUUAACAGGGCUUUGUGGGAGAGGAACUGCCCUGCCCUCCUUUAGGAUCUUUUUGCCAAUCGCUGACUCUCACUCGGUGCUGGAAAAAAACGGGAAGGGAACACUUGCUCUGCCACCAGGCAACUGGGGAAUCCUCUGAGUGUAAAGUGGGAUUUUUGAUUUUUUUUUUUCCUGGACUUUGCACAGUGGAUUUUCUCCAAUUUUCAUCUGGACACAUUUUAUUUUAAAGAACACUGUGAGGAGGAUUUGGUCUUUUCUACAAGAUAUAAAGAGCUGAAGCUACUUGACGCCAAGAAACAGGUGGAAUCGGUGGGUUUUAAGCCCCCCACUGCAUGUUGGGGAGCUCAGCUCACCCCCCUGCUGAGAUCCAGCAGGAGCAGCCAAGACCCGGACACAGACAAAUUACACAUUACACACAUUACCAAGUUGCAGAUCAGGUGCAAACUGCACAUGUGUUCCUUCAAUCCGCUAACACCUUUACAGCUGGACCAUAUGUGAGUUAAAAAGGAGUCUUGCUGACUAGUAGCAGAGUCUCCAUCUCAGUGUGAGAGGGAGGGGAGCGUGCGGUCAACAGGCGGUCAGGAGAAGAUGCCAGCCAUCCUGGUGGCCUCAAAGAUGAAAUCAGGACUCCCCAAACCCAAACCGGUGCACAGCGCCAUUCCCAUCCCCCAGAACCACAGAAGGCCGUCAGCUCUAGCGCUGCCUUCGGCGCCCCUCAAGACCCAGAUCCCCUCGCUGGGCCAGCAGGUGGGCGCAGGACCCCCAAAAAGCAUCACACCAGGGUCAGAGGAUGGAGAAGACACUCAGAUCUACACGGACUGGGCCAACCACUACCUUGCCAAGUCAGGACACAAGCGUCUGAUCAAGGACCUGCAAACAGACGUCGCAGACGGAGUGCUACUGGCUGAGAUCAUACAGGUCGUAGCCAAUGAGAAGAUUGGCGAUAUCAAUGGCUGUCCCAAGAGCCGUUCUCAGAUGAUUGAGAACAUUGAUGCCUGCCUCAGUUUCCUGGCAGCAAAAGGAGUCAACAUCCAGGGUCUGUCUUCAGAGGAGAUCCGUAAUGGUAAUCUGAAAGCCAUCCUCGGCCUCUUCUUCAGCUUGUCCCGCUACAAACAGCAGCAGCAGCAGGCCCAGCGGCAGAACUCCCAGCCCUCUCUCCCACCCACCGCCCAGCCCCAGGGCACACACCCUCCCCUGAGCCAGCAGAGCAGCGCCCCGGCCCAGCUCAGCCACUCUACGCAUGGGACUCCUUCCCUUACAGCCCAGAAAGCAGCACAGGCCGAGAUGCAGUCCAGGGAUGGGUCUCAGAGUAAACUGCUCAAGUUUUCCCUUGGUCAGAAAAAGACCUCUAGACUUCCCGGCCCCUCGGCAAGGGUAUCCACUGCAGGCAGUGACAUCCCUCCAAGAGGCUCGGCCAGUGCUGCUGGGAACAGACGCAGCCAGGGCUUCAGUGACAAGACCAAAGCCAACUCGCACCUGAACAAAGAUUCCUCAGAGGGCAUGACCUCACAGCCUUCGGUGAUGACUGAGCAUGCUCCAUCAUCUGCAGUGACCGUCAGCUCCUCCACCAGCAUCCCCGCUGCUACCUCCGGCCAGAUUCCACACCCGUCUUCACUGUCCUCAUCCACCUCCUCCACGGCCAUUCCCCAGCCCAACAGCAACAGCAAGCCCUGGAGGAGCAAGUCCGUGAGCUCCAAGCACAUCUCGCCUUCUCCUUCCUCCACCAGCACCGCCGCGUCUGCCAUGCAUUCCAUCAAGCAGGAGAAGGACACCUCCUGUAAGGCUGAAGCUCCUCCAAAGGUCGCCACUCAGAAGUCAAUGCUGGAGAAGCUGAAGCUCUUCAACAGUAAAGGAGGCUCCAAAUCUGCCAGCUCCUCCAAUGGAGUAGGGGCCCAGACCGACAACACUGCCCCAGCCAGGCAGCACGGAGCGAUGCAGGUGGAGAGAGCCGAGACGGGCUCCAACACCGAGCCCCUGGAGGAAGAUGAUGGCAACGUCCGGCCGGGAAUGAACGGGACGACCUGCGGAGCUGCUCCCUCGGCAGGUACUACUGUCUCCACGACCGCCAGCAGCCCCAAAAUCGCCCUGAGGGGCAUUGCCCAGCGCACUUUCAGCAGAGCUUUGACUGCCAAGAAGGGCUCUGUCAAAAGCACAGAGAAAGACAAGGACAAGGAGAGGGGGAAGGAGAAGGAGAAAGGGAAGGAGGUGGGGAAACGCAUCUCAGUCCCGGACAAGACAGAUCUCAGGGGGGACGAGCUUAAAGAGGAAGUAGCACCUGUUGCUGUAGACCCAGACAGCUCAAACAAACGGACCUCUAAAAUCACCAGCUUCAUUCCCAAGGGGGGUAAAGUGGCCAAAAAGGAGAGUUCCACCCCUGCACACAGCGGAAUACCAAAGCCAGGAGGCAAAGCCCCAGGAGUCGGGGGUAAGGCUUCCUCUGUUAAGGAGGCGGGGGAGAGGCCUCGGAGCAUGCGAUUAGGAGGGGGUCUCGCCAUGCACCGCGGCCCCCUGGACAGAGACAGGGACAGCAGACACUCCAGCUCCACUUCCAGCCUGGCCUCCACAGAGGGAAAGACCAGCGCCUCCCCUGUGGCAGGAGGAGGCACUACACAGAGCACAGCCAGCAACACGAUCAGCGUGCAGCUACCUCAGACUCAACAGCACCACAGCCAUCCCAACACGGCCACCGUCGCACCUUUCAUGUACAGAUCCCAAACAGACGGCGAGGAAACAGCAAACACUGAGAGCGGCUCAGGAGGAAGAGGUGGAGACGGUUCCUUCACCAAGGCCAGCCAGCUCUCCAUCGAGGACCUUUCAGGUGAAGACCCAGAGACGAGGCGGUUGCGUACAGUCAAAAACAUAGCAGACCUGCGGCAAAACCUGGAGGAGACCAUGUCCAGCUUGCGAGGAACUCAGGUCACACACAGCACCUUGGAAACCACCUUCGACGGCAGCGUCACCACAGACAUCAGCAGCGGUGGAGGUGGAGGUGGAGGUAGUGGCAGCAGCAACAACAGCGGAGGGAGUCGGAGCAUCCUCAGCCUCACUUCGUCCCGUCCCUCCCUGUCCUCAUGGCGCCUGGGCCAGUCCAGCCCUCGUCUGCAGGCGGGCGACGCACCCUCCAUGGGGAACAGUUACGGUGGCCGGGCGGCCGGCAGCCAGGGGGGGCGCUACCUGUACCCUGGGCACCUCCGGCGGCAGCUGGCUGGCAGGGGAGGAGCACUCUGCAGCGUGGACCUCGGAGACCGGGCCGGGGAGGACGUUGACCUGGACAGCAUCGCCGUGGACGUCACUGGUUACAUGAGCGAUGGAGACGUGCUGACCAAGAAUGCUGCGCGCACUGAUGAUGUCGCAAGCGGUUAUAUGACUGACGGAGGUUUGGGUCUGUACACGCGGCGCCUGAACCGCCUGCCCGAUAGCAUGGCCGCCGUCCGAGAGACACUCCACCGAAAAACGUCGUCAGGACAGGGAGAUGCUGACAGCUGGGAUGACAGCAGCUCUGUGAGCAGUGGCAUAAGCGACAACAUCGACACAGAUGACAUCAACACCAGCUCCUCCAUCUCCUCCUAUGCCAACACGCCCGCUGCACAGCGCAAAGGCCUCAACGCACAGCCUGUGACGGAUGCAGAGAAGCACUCGGCCUCCACAGCGGUGCACCAGGCCUGGUCAGGCGACGAGGUGAAGAGGCCAGACGGCGGGUCAGACUGCGGGGUCAGCAGGAUGGAGACAGGCUCCAAGUGGAGCCGCCGGAACCCUUCCGACAUCUCUGAUGAGUCGGACAAGGGCGGCUCGGGGAGGAAGACCCCCUCCGUGUCCCACACGGGCUCUUGGAGGAGGGGCAUGAGCACUCAGGUGGGGGUGACAUCCCCUCGGACUAAAAGCACCAGUAGCACAGGCUCCAUGAGCUCCAGUGGCCUCAAGACCCACAGUUCAGGUAAGACAGAUGACGUCAAAGUGUCAGAAAAGGGUCGUCUCUCUCCUCGUCCCAACGGCCUUCACCGCUCGCCCUCAGACACAGGACGCAGCAGCGGCGAUGAGGCAAAGAAACAAUCGAUCCCCACCAGCCGCACCUCCACGGCAAACGCCCUCACACACACCGUUUCAGACCCCCACUCUCAGACACAUACACUCACCUCACACACCUCGCGCACCCCAACCAGCACCUUCGGAUUCAAGAAGCAGGGCCAUGGGAUGGUAACCAUUGUUACUGCCAGCGGCGCCACCAUCACAAGUGGCUCAGCCACCCUGGGGAAGAUGCCCAAGUCUGGGGCACGAUCGAUUGGAGGAGGGUUAAAGGCCAGUGGGCAGGAUGGCGGUUCGGCGCUGGGUCACCACGACGACGGCUUCCUCCCCAUGAGUGCCCGCUCCACACUGCAGUAUCGCAGCCUGCCAAGACCCAGCCGCUCAGGAGCAGCCGCCCGCAACGGAAACCGCUCCUCCACCAGCAGCAUCGAGGCCGCCGUGCUCUCCGUCACGACCCACGGGAAAAACUCAAUCAGCAUCUCCAAGGCCAACGGCUCAGGAGGCCUGAUGGCCAAUCAGACGGAUCGGGAGAAGGGCGUCUCUGACAUUGACCUUCUCAGGAACGGAGUCGUGAUGCAGAGUGGAGGAGCAGCGACUGUUCCUCUGACUGGAAGACAGCCGGUUUCUUCACCGACACUGCGCAGGUUGUUUGGUGGGAAACCCGGUAAACAAGCUCCCGUCACCACGGCUGAAAACAUGAAGAACUCCACUGUUAUCUCCAACCCCCACGCCACCAUGAACCAUGUGGGCACGGUGCUGGAGUCCCCUGACGGAGGGCUGGGAGGCGUGGACAGCGAGACCAGCAGCCCCCUGUUUGGAGGCAGAGUGCAGGGAAUAGGGAUGGGGACGCUGGGCAGCGAGCAGGCCUCCAGUCCCGGUUCAGUCUACUCCUCCACCGGCCCCUCCAACAGCCUGACGUGGGGCACCACCUUCAGCAGCUCCUCCGCCCAGAGCAGAGAGAGCACGCUGGGCGGGCAUGGCGGGACAGGCAGCAGCAUGGGAUACCCCUCCGUCAGCAGCAUGCACACCAGCAGCGAGUCCAUCGACAUGAGCCUGGGCAGCGCUGGCCAUGGGACGCACAGGGAGGACACCCUGUCUGCUCUGGGCCGCGCCGGCAGCGUCAAGACCGGCAUGUCUGAAAGUCCCCUCUCCUCCCCCUCCGCUAGUCCCAUAUUCAGCCGAAACACGCUACCUCGGAAGCAGGACAGCGGGCCACACUGUGGUAGAAACACUCUGCCUAAGAAAGGACUCAGGUAUGGCCCGUCCGCACAGCUGCGAAGCCACGAGGAGGCCCGUGAUUGGCUGCGCUCCCACUCCACCAGCGGGCUGCAGGAAUCAGUCGGUAACUCCCCGUUCUCCCCCAGCUCCAGCCUCACCUCCCCCUCGGGCACUCGCUUCAACUUCGGACAGCUCGCAUCCAGCCCGACCUCGGCAGCUCAGAUCAACCUCGCCGGUAUGCGCAACAACAGCCUGACCAAUCAGGACGGCUCCUAUGAGCCGUGCAGCGACAACCGGCUGAGAAACUCCUGCAUGUCGCUUGACGAGAAGACUCGCACCAUGAGCCGAUCGGGCUCCUUCAGGGACGGCUUUGAGGAAGUUCAUGGAUCAUCCCUGUCUCUGGUCUCCAGCACCUCUUCCAUUUACUCCACAAAUGAGGAGAAGUCUCAGUCGGAGAUCCGCAAGCUGCGUCGGGAGCUGGACGCCUCCCAGGAAAAGGUUUCCGCCCUGACGACGCAGCUGAGUGCCAACGCUCACCUGGUGGCAGCGUUUGAACAGAGUCUGGGCAACAUGACCAUCAGACUGAAGAGUCUCACAAUGACAGCAGAGCAGAAGGACUCUGAGCUGAAUGAGUUGAGGAAGACCAUCGAGCUGCUGAAGAAGCAGAACGCUGUUGCUCAGGCGGCCAUCAACGGAGUCAUCAACACACCUGAACUCACGCCGAAAGGGGACAGGACAGCUGGCAGUAACGGCGGUUCACAGCAGCAGCAGAAUCAGCAGCCAGACCUGCGCAUCAGGAGGCAGCACUCCUCGGACAGCGUCAGCAGCGUCGCCAGCGCAACCAGCCACUCCAGCGUGGGCUCCAACAUGGACACUGACGCAAAAAACAAGAAGAAGAACAAGAAGAACUGGGCAUCUUUCACUGGGGAAAAGGCGUUUUUGUGCACCGGAGGAAAAGUCAUAGAUGAUGACGUCUAUGAGCUGCGAAGCUCCUUCAAACAAGCGUUCAGCAAGAAGAAAUCUCCCAAGUCGGCCUCUUCUCACUCCGACAUUGAGGAGAUGACGGACUCGUCGCUGCCGUCCUCCCCUAAGCUGCCCCACAACGGCACCACAGCCUCCAGCCACAUGCUCAGGAACACACACUCCAGCUCGCUAUUGUCUGAGUGUUUGGACAGCGAGGCGGAGACGGUGAUGCAGCUGCGCAGUGAGCUCAGGGAGAAGGAGAUGAAACUGACUGAUAUCCGCCUGGAGGCUCUCAGCUCCGCUCAUCAGCUGGACCAGCUCCGGGAGGCCAUGAACCGCAUGCAGGUGGAGAUUGGAAAGCUGAAGGUGGAGAAUGACCGUCUGAAGGUGGAGAAUCAGGGCAGCAGGAUGGGGUCCCAGGCCUCCAUCUCUUCCUCUCCUCCCUCUCACACACACAGCCAUGCCCAGGGGCCGGGGCUCUCCCAGCACAGCCUCAACCUCACCACCAGCGAGUCCACCAGCCUGGACAUGCUGCUGGACGAUACCGGCGGAGAGGGAGGGAUGAGGAAGGAGGGGCGACACGUAAAGAUGGUCGUCAGCCUGGACAAGGAGAGCAAGUGGGGAGAGGACGGCCGGCCUCGUCAUUUUCUGAUUGGGUGCAUCGGUGUGAGUGGUAAAACCAAGUGGGACGUCCUUGACGGUGUGGUCCGGCGUCUUUUCAAGGAGUACAUCACCCAUGUGGACCCGGUGAGCCAGCUGGGCCUGAGUUCCGACAGCGUGGAGGGAUACAACAUCGGAGAAAUCCACCGGCCCAGCAUCCCCGGCGCCGCCCAAACGCCCGAGCUGCUGCCCUGCGGCUACCUGGUGGGAGACAGCAACACCAUCAACAUCCAGCUCAAAGGUGUGAGCAGUGAGAACGUGGACUCGCUGGUGUUCGACACUCUGAUCCCGAAGCCGAUGCUGCAGCGCUACGUCUCCCUGCUGAAGGAGCACAGGCGCGUCAUCCUGUCAGGCCCCAGCGGUACAGGAAAGACCUACCUGGCCAAUCAGCUGUCUCGACACCUGCUGCUGCUGGAGGGCCGACCCCUGACCCCAAACGCUGUCGUCACUUUCAAUGUGGACCACAAGUCCAGCAAGGAGUUGCGUCAGUACCUGUCGGGUUUAGCCGAGCAGUGCAGCGGUGUCUCUGGGGCGGACAGCCCUCUGGUGGUCAUUCUGGACAACCUGCACCACGUCAGCUCCCUGGGAGAGAUCUUUAACGGCGUCUUCAACUGCAACUAUAAGCACUGCCCCUACAUCAUCGGCACCAUGAGCCAAGCCACGUCAUCGGCCCCCAACCUGCAGCUUCACCACAACUUCAGGUGGGUGCUGUGUGCCAACCACAUGGAGCCGGUGAAAGGCUUCCUUGGCCGCUACCUGCGGAGGAAGCUGAUCGAGACUGAGAUUGGCAGCCGAACGCGCAACAUGGAGCUGGUAAAGAUCGUCGACUGGAUCCCGCGGGUUUGGCACCACCUCAACCGUUUCCUGGAGACACACAGCUCCUCUGACGUCACCAUCGGACCUCGUCUCCUCUUGUCCUGUCCCAUGGAUGUGAAGGGAUCCAGGGUUUGGUUCACCGACCUCUGGAACUACUCCAUCAUCCCCUACAUGCUGGAGGCUGUACGAGAGGGACUGCAGCUGUACGGCCGCCGGGCUGCGUGGGAGGACCCCGCUGCCUGGGUGAUUGACACCUACCCGUGGUCAGCCACGUCCACUCCGGCUGAUUGGCCCCCGCUGCUGCAGCUCCGCCCAGAAGACGUGGGCUUCGAUGGCUAUUCUGUCCCGAGAGAAGGAGUCAGGAAAGAGCCACCACAGAGCGACAGCGACGCUGACCCACUGAUGAACAUGCUGAUGCGUCUGAAGGAGGCGGCGACGUCGUCGAGCCCGCAGAGCUACGACAGCGACUCCAACAGCAACAGUCACCAGGAGGACAUCCUGGACUCGUCGCUGGAGUCCACCUUGUGAUGCAACACGGGGACAGGUUUUCAGGAGGAACUUUUUAUAAGAACUGUUCUCAUCGGGAGAACUUCUUGUUUAGAGUAUAAUUCUGUGUCACAAAAUCCAGCCACCUUAAUUUGGGUGCAGGUAACCCAAAUAUUUAAAAAGAAGAAGAACAAACAAAAAAAGGUUCAAAUUCAUUUCAGAAAACGGGCGACAAAAGGUUUCUACUGCACUGCGCUGUUUUUUUGUUUAGUUUUUUCACCGUUGUGGCCCGUGGCUCCUCUGUCAGGAGCCUGACAUCUACUUCAGACAGACAGAAUAAAAACACACAGUCUGUCACUGUUGUUAGCGUACUUAAACACCAGCCAGGAGUCCUCCGAUCCCCACUGAGCUACAGCAUCGGCUCCUGCUCAUCAGGCUGAGAUACUCCUGGUCCUGCCCAGCUGCAGUGCGUCUGAGCAGGCUGCAGAUGGCGAUACAGACCCUUGUCUCUGGAGCAUCAGUGAGCCUGAGCUACCAGCCGCUGAGAACACAGAUGAGGCUGUUGGACAGAUUAACAGCCAGCAGGUUUUUUGGCUCCUCCUCCUCCUCUUCUUCUGCGGCUGAAGUUGCCUGUGUGAUUGCUGAAGGAUAAAUCGAGGCAAAGUGAAUGUUAAGUCCUACAGCGUGCCCGCUCACACUUCUAAAAACUCCUCGGAGAUCAUUAAUUACACCCCAAACUCUCGACACUCAUUGGUUUUAUUCAACUCUAGUCCAUGAAGGAGCUGUGUGUCCACCAGAAGCAACUAAGAGAGCACUAAUAAAAAUAGUUCCUAUUAGAUACAACUCAAUGUUUUUGAGUUAAAUGUCUGCUUUCAAAUCUCUUCAUGCACAAAAAGGAUGAGAACUGGUGUGUUAAAGUGCUCAUAUUACGCUUUUUGGCUUUUCCCCUUUCCUUUAUUGUUAAGUAUCUUUUUUUGUGCAUGUUAUAGGUUUACAAAGUGAAAAAGCCCAAAGGGACUUACCAUCU